AUGGGGCAGCGUACAGUACGCAGGUCAUCCUUCGUAGCGCAGUAUAUAUAUAUAUAUUUAUACAGAGAUGUACUGGUACGGGGCGCGCGGAUGCAUGGAUACACGCGUCAGGAUCCGGCAGCUGUCCAGAAUGACCUUGUCAUGGCAAACAACAUGCCACAAUCGGCGAGGCGCCCUAGCUCGGACAGCUCUCCGUGA